AAAUUGAAUUUUCUCUGCACUAUCUUCUCUCACCGACGACGAUGAAACCUCCAUUGUCCGUCCAUCUUCUCCUCUACCAUUGCUCUCCACCUUCUCAUCGUCGGUCACUCACCACUCCGCCAGGAUAGAGAAGGAAGGACGAUGUGGUCGGUACAUCACGUAGAGGACUAUGUUGGCGAUGGAAGCGAGGAAGGCAAGGAUGAGGAGAAUCAAAAUGGACCAGAAGCAACAUUGACAGCAAAGGUUGCGCUGGGAGCGGUAGUGGUGGCGGCGAUUGUAGGGAGGAGGGCGGUAGGGAGGCCGGGAGGUGGGAUUAUAGAGAUUGGACUUGGUGGGUCCAUUGUUGGUGGUUGCAGUUGUGGUUCCAACACCAUUCAUGGCGGCGGCGGCGGCGGUGUUGGUAGGUUUGGUGGAGGGGAAAACUUUGUUCGUCAUUAUAAUCGGAAAACCAAAAAAAAAAAAAAAAAGAAAGGGUUCAGAUUUGCAAGGCAGUGGCUGCUGGAAGAGUGAGAUUUGAAGACAGAAAAAUGAGGAGUAGAUUUGGCCACCUCACUAGAAUUGACAAAUCUCUUAUACUUCUAAUUCUACUCUGUAAAAAUUUAAUGGAGGAAAAAAUAUUUUAUACUUAAGAAUGUUUUAAGUUUGUAUAAUUUUAACUAAUUAAUAAAAUAGGCUUUUUUUC